AUGGGUAACCAAAAUAGUUGUUGCUGUUACCGAAGUCCUUCGCCGAUCAGGAAAGACAUCGUUAAACUAGAAGAUAGACUACCAGAAGGAGAAGUAAGUUCAAACAACAUACAACACAUCAGUGAAAGAGAACCUGAUGAUGGCGAUAUUGAUCCUUCUCAAGACCCUAUAGCAGGUACUAUUUUCAUGGAAAGAUCAAAGGCAUCCAUAGAAAAUGGUAUGACUAGGAAGCGAAGUCAGCAUCAAAUUGCUGACAAGCUCAAGAAAAGCAGUUCCUGUUCAACUAUUUAUUUAGACGAUAGUACUGUGUCACAACCAAAUCUGAAAAACACAGUGAAGUGUGUUGCACUGGCUAUUUAUUAUCAUAUAAAGAACAGAACAUCUGAACGUACAUUAGAUAUAUUUGAUGAAAAGCUUCACCCACUUAGCAAGGAAGGGGUAACUGAUGAUUAUGAUAAGUAUAAUCCUGAGCAUAAACAAAUAUAUAAGUUUGUAAGAACUUUGUUUAAUGCAGCUCAACUGACUGCAGAGUGUGCUAUUAUCACUCUGGUGUAUUUGGAACGUCUUCUUAUUUAUGCAGAGCUUGACAUAUCUCCAUCAAAUUGGAAAAGGAUAGUAUUGGGUGCAAUAUUACUGGCUAGUAAAGUUUGGGAUGACCAAGCAGUUUGGAAUGUAGAUUACUGCCAAAUUCUCAAGGAUAUCACUGUGAAAGAUAUGAAUGAGUUAGAGAGGCAGUUUUUAGAAAUGUUGCAAUUCAAUAUUAAUGUUCCAUCGAGUGUGUAUGCUAAGUAUUAUUUUGAUCUACGCACACUGGCUGAAGCUAAUGAUUUAGCCUUCCCUAGUGAACCACUUAGCAAAGAGAGAGCCCAAAAAUUGGAGGCAAUGUCUAGAGUUAUGGAAGACAAAAUUGCUGCAGAGAUAACAAAGAAUGAUCAGCCAAAAUUUGAAUCCAAAUUAAAUCACAAAUUACUUGAUGGAAACACCGAUGAAAAGAUGUUGGUACUCCUGUAA